CAAGCCCAUGUUGAAUCAAAGGAGCGAGCGCUGGCAGAGUAUAAAAAGGUUCAUUUCAAGGGCAGCGCUCGGGUUCGUCUUGACAGCCUUACCUUUGAGACAACCUUUGGCAGUCAGAUGGAUGACUGCCAGAAUGUCCAUCGGCUCAAACGCAUCUUGGAUAUCCAAGGCUGCCUUCGGCUGAACAGCGAGUUUCAUGUUCCAGUUCUGGUCCACGUUAGCGACUGGGGCCGCCUAACGCUGCAUCAUGACAAUGGAGAAUCUUUUCCUGAAUUAAUUGUCCCUCUGAACUAUAGCCUUCGCGCACAGGACCAUGAGAGCCUGAUAGCCACAGCACGCAGUAAACUAAGUGCACAGCACCGGUGGUGGGUUGUUGAUAUUUUCAUCACAGAACAGACUGGUAGGUGGCUUCUCCAAGCCCAACUUGUCCGUUCCCUCCAGGAACGCUUUAUCAACAAUCGCUGGCCCUCUGAUGGACUUAUCUACCAUAAAAUCCGGUACUAUCAGGGGUGCCUCGAUGGUGCUCGCAAUACAGAUGCAGAGAGACAGUGGUGGGCAAUUCUGGAACAUAUCCCAAAGACUAAAAAGCCUAGGUAUUUACGAGCUUUCCUUCGCCAUGGAAGCUUACCCCAAGCAUUUGACGCGCUGCUCUCCAUACCUGGGCUUUGGACACACAUGCAUAUCGGUGUCCUGCAUAAGGUGAUUGGGAUGCGGUGUGACCAGGUAGGCCCUAUUCUACACUACUUGGACUAUAUUCGACGGGUCUGGUAUGAGAUUAUGGGCGGUUGCCCUGACCUUGUGGAUCAUGUAUAUGGCCACACCGUCCAGGAACUACAGUCUCGAGUGCCUAAAGUUUCAAAUACAGACCUGAAGGUUCUGGAAAAUAAAAUGGAUGAGCACAUUUUGUUCCCCAAGAUCCAAAAUCCUGAGCACCGGAGACUCAUCUGGGACCGAUUGCAAAUGAUUGAUGUUCCCAUUCCGACUCUGGGUAGCUUUUUUCAAAGACCUUCACUACCUUGAUGUUGGACGAAAGGUCAUGGAGCACCUGUUUCCUCAUGAUCCUGACUUGAAGGUCACAGUCGAUGAAGGGGUAGGCGGACAGUAUCAUGGCGCUGUGGACUGCCAUACACUGACUCGGUAGAUGCUGAUCGUUAUGCUCUUGAU